AUGUUAUUUGCCCUCGUACCUCUUUUCGCCGCGGGCGUCGCCCAAGCCGGCCCUGUCCAAAGCAAAGAAAUAGUCAUCAACUCGUACCAAUUGUACCCCGAGAAUAUCGACUAUGAUACCAAAACCCGUCUUGCGUACAUCAGCGUCCUGUACAAUUCCACAGUCGCCGUAUACAACCCCUUCACCAACAAAGUCACAAAGACCAUCGCCUUCGACAAGCUCUCCUACGACCCGGUCCUCCACGCCAGCGGCGUCCAGGUCGACCCCCUCGGCCGCCUGUCCGUCAUCGUCAACGCCGGCGCCGCCUUCGACACCCGCGGCGCAAACAUCUCCGGCGACAACUUCCUCGUCAAGUACGACCUCGCGCGCGGGCAGGAGCUCUGGCGGGCAAACCUGACCGCCGUCACCGACGGCAUCUACAGCGGCUACCAGGACAUCGAGCACGACGCCUGCGGGAACUCCUUCGCCGUGGGCACCUGGCCGAGCAGCAUCGUCCGCGUGAGCAAGGACGGCAAGACCGCGGCGCCGUGGUACCUCACCAAUGACAAGGACCACACCAAGAAGGGGCUCACGGGGCUGGCGUCCAAGGGGGAUAUUCUGCUCGCCACGGAGCACACGGGCAGUAGACUCUUGCGGUUCGAUAUGAAGGCGGACAAGGGCGUUCCCGACGUCGUGCCCGUUGGGCAGGACGGCAUCGGCGAGAGGCCCGAUGGCAUCUAUUUGCCGUCAAAGUUCGAGGGCAAGGUGCUCCUCGUGUCGUCGCAGUUGGAGGGGACGGUGGUGCUUCGCUCCGACGACGGCAAAUGGACGUCUGCCCAGCGACUGGGUGUUGUGCCGAACAAGUUUGCGGACGAGGGGGGUUCCACGACGGCCUCGGUGGAGAUUGAAGGCCGCAUCUUUGUUUCGACUGAGUGGUUUGGCGAUGCGGCUAACAAGGUUCCUGACACGCUUUCCGGGAACAGGACCGAGUUUCCCCUUUACGACAUUACUUCUGAGGUCGUAAAGCUUCUUGUCUGA